AUGAAGCCUGCACAAGUUCCAGAGUGGAAACGAAAGCUUUUAGAAAAACGUCAAAGCAAAGGCAACACAGUGACUGAUGAAUUGGAAAAGAAGCUUCAAGAACGAAACAGUCAACAAGAAACUAAAGGGGAACCUCCCCUUGAACAACCUGUUACAAAGACACAAGACCAACCCGUUAAAGAAGAGUCUUCCAAGCAACAAGAACAACCAAUUGAAGUCAAAGAGACUUUGAAGUCAAUUCAAGAAACACCAAAAGAACGACAACAGAGUGUAGAACAAAAUAAAGAAUCAACAGGAGACGAGCCACUUCAAAUAAUCCCCCAUCGACCAAAAUCAAUGCGAAGAUCAAAAACUGAAAAUACAAAAGUCGAAGUAAAAACUGAAAAAUUGCAGUCUGACAAAAAAAUGGAAGACACCCCACAAGCUCUAAGAAAGUCGGUGAAAGCAACAACCCCCGUCACACAAGGCAAACCAACAGUGAACGCGAAGUUGAUUUGUCUUGGUGAGAGUGGGACUGGGAAAUCGUCGAUCAUUGAAAAGUUAGUCAAUGACAUUUUCAGAAAUGCGUAUGUCGCGACUAUUGGGGCAGAUUGGAGUAAAAAGGAAUUCAAAUUGAAGGAAGCGCAGUUUGUAGCGACGAUAUGGGAUACUGCUGGACAAGAACGAUUCAGAAAUGUAACAGCCGGGUGUUACAGAGAUGUCAAUGGUGUAGUGUUUGUGUUUGAUGUAUCGAACAGAGCGUCUUUUGAAGGAAUAUCAUUUUGGAUAGCAGAUGUCAAAGAAAAAGGAAAUACUAAAUAUGGAACAAUACUGUGUGGAAAUAAAGCGGACUUGGAAGUCAGAGCAGUCUCUACACAAGAAGGACAAGCACUUGCUGACAAGUUUGGGAUGAAAUACUUUGAAACCUCGGCGAAAGAAGGAACAAAUAUCCAAACGAUGUUUGAAACCCUCUUGGCAGACGCAUAUAAGCUCGACCCCGAAAUGGGGACGAGAGGAAGUCUGAAGAAAUUGCCGAUAGAAGAGAAACAAAAACAACAACCACAAAGCUCGGGGUGUUGCUGA